UGGAGAUGUGCAGGUCGCCUGUCAUUCUACCCGUAACACAAACAGCCUGUUGAUCAGCUGCACGGACCGUGUUGUGUUAGUGUCUUGUACUAGUAACCCGUGUUUGUGCUCCAGGUCAGGCUCAUGUUCCGACCUGACACCGCCAUAUUACCACUGAGAAUUCUGACUGUCAGCGUCGUGCUCCUGCUGCUGCUUCUCUCCGCUCUCUCUCUCUCUCUCUCCCUCUCCCUCCCCCUCUCUGUCUCUCUCUCUCUCUUCAGUUUGACUGUUUGUCUCAUGGAUGUCCUCUUCAGACGUGGCGUCUUCGUGGCUGUGCGUCUCGCUGUGAGCAGCUCAGUCUGCCGCCCUGCGCCGUGCGCCGCUCUUCUAGGAGCGCGUAGGACUAAGAAGACAUGGCCGGUGAGCUUCUCUCAGGAGGAGCUGAAGAAACGCCUCACACCGAUGCAGUACCAAGUCACUCAGGAGAGAGGAACUGAGAGUGCGUUCACUGGAGAGUUCACGCAUCAUAAAGAUGAGGGGAGCUACACUUGUGUUGUCUGCGGCGCCGUGCUGUUCAGCUCCAACACUAAAUUUGACUCAGGAUCAGGUUGGCCGUCCUUCUACGACCUGGUGAAGGAGGAGUCUGUAUCUCUGACGGAUGAUUUCUCCUACGGGAUGCACAGAGUGGAGACGACCUGCAGCCAGUGUGGAGCUCAUCUGGGACACCUGUUUGAUGACGGACCAAAACCGACAGGGAAGCGCUACUGCAUUAACUCGGCCUCACUGGGUUUCCAGGCCAAAGAUGCGGCCUCCACCUCCACCUCCGCCUCCACCUCCAGCUCCGGGGCUGAGGGUGGAGCUGCCAGCAGCUCAGUGAGCGAUGGGAAGACAGAGCUCUGAAAGAACCAGACCAGACCGAUGACUGCGCCUGUGCAGGGAUAGUCCGAAAACUCACACGCAUUAAAUAGUUAGGAGUGGAGUGGUUUUGAUUCACAAAGUAAAAAUAGAGUGAGGUGGUAAUAAUGCAAAAGGAAGGAAGGUGCUCAGGCCUCAGACACAGACCAAAUACUCUGAUGUUUUAUCUGUCACAAAGGAAAGUGCAUGUUUCGAAAAACAGCCAAUUUGUCGCCAGAGUCGAUGCUGCAGGACACACUGCGUAAACUGACUGCCUUAAAGAGAACUUCCAGUAUUUGUCAGCCUGGGUGUUAAUCUCUGAUUCUUCUGUUGUGAAUAUAGUUCGUCAUAACAUUGUAUUUGUAAAGAUUUGUCGAGAGCAGAGGUGGUGAAUUAAACGUUGUCAUGAGAGAACGGCAUGAAAAACAAAAAAACAAAAAACAAAUACCAGGAUUUUCUCCCUUUAAUGUUCUAAGCUCUGGAUGAAGUGCUGUGUUGUAGACACACACACACACACACACACACAUACACGCGCGCAUAUGCACAUACAUACAUAUGUAUAUAAAUAUGUAUAUGUCACUAUAUUGAAAUGAUAUUUGAUACUGAGAGGUUGGUUUAAAGAUAUCUAUGCAAGUGCUCCUGUCAGCAGUAACACAGUAACGGAGCUGUGACAGAUGGCAUCUUAUUAUGGGUAAACACAACUGUGGCCUUUAGGUUACUUCCUGUAUUUGUUCCUUCUUUGCAUUAGAAAAUAUUUUCAGUCGUUCACAGCUUGAAUUAAAAUAUUUAAUGGAUGAAUAAAAUAUCUAGAAACACUA